AUGGACGACUCUCGUGUGCUAGGUACAAUUGACAGUAGCAAUGAUGACCCCAGCGGCACUGGGUCACGAGUGUUCACGUCAUCUGGGUCGAUGCUGACACUACACAUCAAGGCUGAACAAGGUCGUGAUUCGUUCUUCCUCGCUGAAGUAAGAGCAGCCCCUGAUACAGCUAUUGGCAACAGUAAUAGAGGGAUUGGCUUGUCUUGGAUUACUGGUGCUGCUGUUAUUGUUGGAAUUGAUUUGAUAUCAAACAACGGUUUCGGCAUCGCCUUUGAGGACGUCCCUAUAAUCGGUUCCUUCUCAGAUGUGACGGUGACUGGUAAUCAAGGUGGUGUGUAUAUCCAACAGACAAGGGGGUCUAAUGACAUAACAAACCUAACAUGUGAAGGAAAUCGCGGGAUCGGAGUCCAGCUGCAACUGUCAUACGAGUCCUAUAUACACAUCUUUAACAGCCAUAUUCAGGAAAACGAGGGAGGUGGGGUUUCAGUAACUAUUGGACGUUACCAACAUGACCAGUAUCCUCACAUCGUUAUGACCAACAACAAUGUCGUCAACAACAAGCGUUUUGCCCUUCAGGCAUCAGGAAAAAUGGCAAAAUUUGACAUUGUCAGGAACUUAAUCACGCAAAAUAUUUGUCCGUACCAGCCUGUUGUUGCCUUCAACGGAGAACCUAAAUACAUAAUUUUCACCUCUAAUAGUCUGAGCGAAAACAACGCCAGGGAAACCUUCUCCAUUCUGUUUGAAGAUCAGUCCGAAAUCGGCGAGAAAUCCACUGUCCUUAUAAGAGAUAAUGUGUUCAAUGAAAAUUUCUACAGUCCAUCAGAAACAGACGGGAAUUUCCAAUACAGUCAAUACCCAGACCCCUACUCGUGCACACUUGAGAUAGGAGGAUACCAAGAGAACUUUACUGUCAUCCACAACUUAAUAGAUAAUGCAGACAUGAACCACACUUUAUGUAGCAGGGUAGGUACGACAUUUCCUGACGAAACCAUUGACGCCAAAUUCAACUGGUGGGGAACAGCUGAUGAACAAGAGAUUCGAUAUGAAAUUGUUGAUUACGAUGACUGGAAUGACCGUGCACCAGUUGACUACUUUCCCUACCUAACUGGACCUGACGUAAGCUCUCAACCAGCUGAUCCCUCCAUCCGAAAUAUCACCAUGACAACAGAUGACAUUGGAGGACGACUGAAUGGGGAAAUGCAUCUCACAAAAAGUGGAAGUCCGUACACGAUUAAGAAAGAUCUAACUAUCCUGGAGAAUGCGUCAGUUACAGUGGAACCGGGUGUGCAGAUUAGAUUCUAUCCUUGUAUUGGGAUCUUUAACCUUGGUUCCUUUGCUGCUGUUGGAACUGAGACAGAACAGAUAGAAUUCCAUUCUGAGCCAUCAGCCACACACCUUUACCAUGUUCGAUUGGUCAAUGGUCGCUACCCCUGGGAAGGUCGUGUUGAGAUACUUUACGAUAAUCAAUGGGGUGGCAUUUGUUAUGGAUAUGGUUGGGAUUCUUUCGAGGCUAAUGUCGUAUGCAAAGAGCUUGGUUAUGGCGCAGCAACAACGUCAGUGACAACUGAGUUUGGUAGGGGACCUGCAUGGUUUCACUCAAAUAACAUAAAUUGUGCUGGGGAUGAACCGAGUAUUUUCAACUGUUUCCGGCGCUCUCCCAGUCUCACUACUAGCUGUACCCUGGUAGGAAUACGCUGUAACGCCCAGACGUCAGUAUCACCUCGCCAAAGGUGUAAUUCUAACAAAUGGGGAGGCAUUCGAUCCAACAGCCAACAGGAAUUCAAAGUUACUCACGCAGGCUUCGCUCAUACCGGGCGACUCCAUGUCAGAUUAAGCAGUGCUAUCUAUCUAAAUAGUUCAGAAAACAGCAGAAGCAUUUCUAAUCUACACAUUCAGGAGUGUGAGGGAACCGGAAUCCAUGCCACUGGAAAAUCUACGUAUGAUGUAACAAAUGUUACUGUUCGUGACUGUUACGGUGAAGCUGGUAUAUCUCUGGAAAGAGCUAACAGAAUAGCGACCGUCACCAAGAGUCUCAUUUACAAUAACACAUUUUAUGAAGGAGCAAUUACAGUGACUGCAACGCGGACCGCAUCAUCAUCAACGGCAGAUACUCGAUGUGGUACACCCAUUGUCUUCAGUAAUUUCAGCGCAACUUUUGCGAGUCCCAACUUUGGAACCUCUUCAUAUCCAACGAACAGUCACUGUGAGUGGCUCAUCCGAGCUCCUGUAGGGCACAUUAUUGUACUGGAUUUCCCUAUUGUUGACCUAGGCUACAACACUCAAGUCACGGUUUAUGACGGACACGAUACAACGUCUUCAUUACUUGCAACAUAUAAUCGCUACUCCCCAUCCCAAAGUGCUCCUAUCGCCUCAACAGGAAACAGCAUGUUCAUAGUUUUCAUGAGCGGCUGGUAUUCAGGUCGAGGUUUCCUGGCAAAGUACGAAGUAGACCAUUUUACACCCUCUGUGUGGAGAAUCGUCGACAACAUCUUGGAAGACAAUGCCGGCACGUCUGUAAAAUUAACUACACGAGCGCAGAAUUCUACAAUCGACGUUCUUCGCAACAUCUUCGAAAACAACCAAGGUCGAGAAAGACCUAGUGACGAGGCAAUUAUCAGUGUGAGCCAUGAGCGAUCUAAUAUAGAAGUGAGAGGAAAUGUAUUGCAAAACAAUAGAAUGACUGGCAUACUCAUCUCUAUUCAGCGGCAACAGAGAAGCAGCGUAGCAUUUGGUGACAACAGGUUUCGGUGGAAUGGCAGAAACACCAGUCUAGGCCUCGCCUCUGUGUGCAGGGUCGACAACAACUUAUUCAAAGACAACUCGGGCACGGCUGUAAAAGUAACGUCACAAGCACCAGAUUCUUUAAUCGACGUUCUUUGCAACAUUUUCGAAAACAACCAAGAACGCGAGACAAAUAACGGAGAUGAAGUUAUCAGUGUGAUCCAUGAGCGAUCUAAUGUAGUAGUCCGAGGGAAUGUACUGCGAAACAAUAGAAUGACGGGCAUGCUCAUCGAUAUUCAGCGGCAGCUGAGAAGCAACGUAGCUGUAAUAGACAACAUGUUUCUAUACGGCAGGAAGACGACGUUGAUAGUGCGUGGGCGACACCACGCAUCGGACCAAACACCUGUGAUGGUCAGCAGAAACUUAUUUUCAGGAAAUGACGCUACUAAUUCUGAUAAAGCCUUGUUCUUUGAUCAGGCACCCGGCAGAGUUGAAAGUAACACUUUUGUCAACAACUCCGGUCGCCAUGUGAUAGAAUGGAAAAAUCGCAAUAUACAUUUCGACGAACAAGAGCUAUCCACCAAUUUCAUUUAUGACAAUGUACCGUUAGUGCCAGGGGCAAAAUACACUAUGGUAGUUUCCGGGAGAAAUGCUCAGAUACACGGUAAUGUUUUCACGAAUCCUGCAUUCGACGCAGAACUAGCAACAUCGACCCUCACGUCAUCAUACCCAGUCAACGCUACCAGUAACUUUUGGGGUUUCAGUUCAGCUGAUCUUAUCUCAAGACGGAUUCGAGAUGGAAACGACAACGAGGAUUGGGCCGAAGUCCUGUACGAUCCGUGGAUCUCAGUUCUGCCAGCGGAUGGUCCCUGUCCACUAGGAUGGAAGUACAUCAAGCACCUCAGCACCUGUUACAUGUACCAUGGUGGAUCUCAGGACUGGCUGGGUGCGGCUCAUUCCUGCAAGAUUCAACAUGCCGUAAUUGCUAGGUCGUUCACGGGACAGGAAUUAGCGUUGAUUGAAAGCAUGGUCAGAGCCACAGAAGUUAAUUAUGCUUCAGCUAUACCCAUCUGGAAGGACAGACCUAACAAUAUGACGAAUUCGACACAUGAGUGCAAGAUACAUCUGCCGUCGGAUGGGUCACUUACAAUGUUUGCUGACUGUGGCUCCUUCUACCCCUUCGUCUGCAAGCGGCCAAUAGUUGAUGACUGCCCUAACGCAUGUUCUCACCACGGUGACUGUAUGGGAAGAACGUGUAUCUGCGACCGAGGCUGGAGGGGAGAGGACUGUUCCAAGGCAACCUGCAACGAACGGAACGACUGUGGAGAGUUUGGCACUUGUGUUGGACCCAACAUAUGCAGAUGUAGAAAUGGAUGGCAGGUUGACGGGUUUUGCAAAGUGUGGAAUGAGGAUCAGUGUCCGAAGGGUUUCAUCCACCCACUGUACAACGACACCACGCGUAUUGAGAAGAUUCUCAUCGGCCAUAACGUCGAGUACGUCCCGCUGGAAGGCAACAUCUUGUACCGGUGUCCUGUCCGCUUCUCCAGCUGGGGAGCCACCAUGUUUGUGAAUGAAGGAGACCUGGACAUCCGGAUCGGUCAGGUGCUGUCCAGUCCCCAGGCAAACGGUGUGCUACACAAGGUGGAGCAAGUUAUAAGGACAGACAAUUACACCGUAAUAGUAGCCCACCCUGCUGCUCUGGAGGACAUGCUGGAUUACAGUGACUUCAGCCAGGAGGUUCAGCUGGAGAUGGCUGUGGACAUGAAGAGGAACGAGGGAGCUCCUGAACUGUCUGUGGUGGAAAGGGUGCUGAGCGGAAACGGAACGUUCCAUGGGAGCACUGUUCGUGUCAUCACGGAAGAUACCUCUGUCUACAAGUGUAUUGGAGCCCGGGCUAGGAAUGAAGGGGAGGGCAGCUACCACCUGCUGAUGAGAGACAUCCCUGAUCACCUGUCAGUUGGUGACGUCAUUGUCAGUAACCAUAGCAACGGGAUACUGGAGCAGGUUAUCCAACAGACAUUGACUCCUUAUGGAGCCUUCAUACAAACUCAGCUGCAGGAUUGCUUUAUAACCUUUAACUUCCAGGAGCAACUGAAGACAGCGGAAGGGGUAACCCUCCCUGCUUCCCUGCCGUGUUCGGGCGGACCGGAGGGCGCACACGGGCUGCUCAUCGUGGACUCUGCGGGAGGAGAAGCGGACGUGGGGACUGGUGACGUGGUGGUGGGGAGAAGGAGUGGCAGGCUGCUGGCAAAAGUUCUGAACAUCACCCCAGCGGAUGAGUACACGUUAGUGGAAGUGGAGCCAAUCCUGAGCAGGUCCACCAUGACAAUGUCGUCAAGGCGACGACGGGAGGAUGUUACCCCUUCUCCACCCAAGCGUAGUUUGCACAUCCUCAUCGGAGACCAAUUCUCGUACGUCACCGAUAGUUAUAGUAUCGACCUAUCAGCGAGUGCCAGAUUCUCAGCUGGAAUCAAGCUGUCGCUUGCAGUUUCGACGUCAGAGUUUCGAACACCUACGCUUAUCAGGGCCGAAGUUUUCUUCAUUGGUGGACGGCUAGAAGUAGGACUGGAGGGCUCUGUAGACAUUUCGGAGAGCACAAGGGCCAGAGGUGGAUUCCGGACGGAACUGUAUCCUAUAUAUGUCUCUCUGUGUGUAAGCAGUACAGCGUGUAUACCAGCUAAGAUAUGGGCGGACAUUGACACAUCGUAUGAAAUAUACGCUGAGGGUCCAGGCAGUAUUCAGAUGUCCUCCACUGUGGUCAAACCAGACAUUGACGGAGGUGGAAGCUGGCAACCACAAGAAGGAGGUCGAUGGUUCUCGUUUGACCAGAAUGAGGAAUCUGAUAGUGCAGAUAUCGUGAUAUCGUCAUUCUCGGGAGCUUCAACCGAAAAAGACCAUCUCAACGUGUUGGAGCUAAAAGUCAAACCGAAGUUCUUCAUCGAGUUUCCCACAUCUGGAGAAAGUGAAGUUGAUGAGUUGACGAUACCAAUAGAUGUAAAUAAUCAAGGGGACGCUUUUGGGUACAGUAUAACCACGUCCAUUCAGUCCCAAGCCCUCCUGCGUGUAUCAGCCCAGUCCUGUUCUACUGAGUGCCCAUAUUCAGACAGACCACAGAACGUUGGGGUCACGUCUUCAUUAGACUAUCUGAAAGGGACAUUCAACGUAGUAGUUGGAAAUAACGAUUACUACGAGGAACAACAAUGGAGACGCCAGGAGUGGAUGGACUCUGACAGAGAUUGUAAACCACAUCCGUCAAGUGUUGAUACCUGUGAGGACAUCAUGUGUUCAUGUGGUGGAGCAACAGGGAUGCCACACCCUACUAACGAGAGCUUCUGCAUGUGUCCUUGUAACUGUUCAAGUGGAGACACAAGCUUCACGCAUCCAGACAUUGACGGAUGUAACUGUGAGCGGUGCCCUGAUGGACACUUCAAAACGGUAAAUAGUCAGGGACAUCUACACUGUCCAUGUUUGUGUCCUGACAACAGCAUAUCGGAUCUCACCAGCAGUGGGAGAUGUGACUGUUCCUGUACCUGCCCUGACGGCAGCAGGGAUGUGGUGUUGAGUGACGGCAGCUGUCCGUGUAAGUGCACCUGUAACAACUGCCACGAGUCGGUUCUGGGUCCUCAGGGCUGCAUCUGUUCUGACAGCUGUCCUGACUGUGAGAAUGACGAGGAACCCGAGUGGCAGGACUGUGUCUGUAAGUGUCCACAGAAGACAGAGUGCGGGAUCCCACCUACAUGUGUGGUGGGGAGGAUGGGGCCAGACUGUAGACAGCCUGACUGCAGGCCAUGCCAAGGAUGCUCCGGGAACGGACAAUGCAGUACAUCAACACACAGCUGUCAGUCAUCCUGUGUCUGUUGGGGUCGGUGGUUCGGUGACUGUUGUGAGCGUCUCCGUCCUCGUCCCGGUGGAGGGGAUCCUCAUCUCCAGACAUUAGACGGGAAAUCAUACGACUACCACGGUAUCGGCGAGUUUUGGGACUGUAAGAGCGUCUCCAAUGACUUCGGCGUACAGAUCCGGAUGUACGCCUACGAAAGGGCUUCUCUGAUUGGUGGAGUUGCAGUGAAGGCUGGGCACAGCGUUGUCACUCUCAUGACGUUACCGAAUGCAACGGAAAAGGACGUCCCCAGUAUCAGGAUCGAUGGUGAACUAUGUCAGCUUUCUGUGGGUGAGAAAUUCCCCCUUAACAAUGGGACAAUACAUCUGCUCGGUCAGCAACCUUCUACAAAUGAUACGGAGGCAGGGGCUGUUAUCAUCAUAUCUCUUACCUUUACUUCAGGGGCAACAGUGUCAUUUGACGUCCGGUACUCACCAAAGAUGGGCCGACAGUUUGUGAACAUUUUGUUCAGCCCCACUGCCACGUUCAAGGGCAACACGGAGGGACUGUGCGGGCUCAUGGAUGACGACAAUGCCAAUGACUUCACUGGUCCGGACGGCGCUGUGUACAACGACAGUUCUGUAUUUGCUGAGACCUGGCGUAUAAAUAACACCCACCACGGCUCUGGACUGAUGGGGUCCUGGUCAUGGAACUCCUCUAACUUCCAUCCUGAUGACGUCAUGGAUCCUGCCUAUUCUGAUCCGAACCACCGCCCUUCUGUAGGCAUAGAUGGACUCACUCAGGAGCAAAAGGAAAAAGCUGAAGAGAUGUGUAUCGCUCUUGGGCUGACUGACACUCUUCUGAAUGAAUGCAUCUUUGACGUGUCAAUCACCAACGACACAACCUUUACCGAGCAGGAGGUCUUCAAAGGUUGCCCAAACCAGUGUUCCGGUAGGGGUCGCUGUGUAAACGGAACCUGUGACUGUAUAACGGGCUGGUCUGGUAAAGACUGUAACCUUGGCAACUGUACAGACUGCUCCGAGGAUCAUGGGAAAUGUGAGCUGGGGUUCUGUGUGUGCGAGCCCGGAUGGGAGGGAACUGCUUGUGAUCAACAAGCGACAUGUUAUGCUGUACGAAACUGCACCAGCGAGGACCAUGGGAUCUGCAUAACCACAGAUGCCUGCAGGUGUCAACCAGGCUACAUUGGUGCUGACUGUAGUAAGGUCCCCACGUGCGGAAAUGUUGCUAACUGCACAGACCACGGAGUGUGUGUGGACUACGACACCUGUUUGUGUGAUGAGCAGUGGACAGGUGACAAGUGUGACCAAUUCUCGUGUGCAGCAUUAGAUUACUGCUCCGGACACGGUCGCUGUGUGGAUAUAGAUGUUUGCCACUGUGACUUUGGCUGGACGGGCAGCUCCUGUAUCACACCUGAAUGUCCUACACUCAACCAGUGUUCCCGACAAGGAGACUGUAUUGGCCCUAACAUCUGCCAGUGUUACAGUGGAUAUCAAGGUCUAAACUGCAGUGAAGCCCAAAGCUGUCCUGAAUUGCAAGAAUGCAAUGAAAAUGGAGUUUGCUUCAAUAAUUCUGACGGGCAAAAUGAAUGUCGCUGCUAUCCAGGAGUCACUGGUUCAAGUUGCGAUCACCCAGACUGCACUAAACAGAAUAACUGCACUAACAACGGUACCUGCAUAGAGCCUAACCUGUGUCAGUGUGACACUGGGUACACCGGGAAUGACUGUGCCAACUUCUCUUGUGAAUCACUGCAGUAUUGUUCUGGCCACGGAAACUGUGUGAGCUUCGACACGUGCAGCUGUGAUCCAGGCUGGUCAGGCGGUUCCUGUAACAUUGCAAACUGCAGCAGUAAGGGUGACUGCUCCAGCCAAGGCACGUGUGUCGCCCCUUACACAUGUGAAUGCUUCCCGGGGUUCCAAGGAGAGGACUGCAGUGAAGAGAUGACGCCCAAUGAACACCCACCAGUAUUCCAGAGGGACGGAUACGAUGCUACAAUUCCGGAAAACCAGCCCAUUGGCUCGCCGAUUCUUACAGUUUUUGCAAAUGAUACCGACAGUGGACGUAACGGUGAGGUCAGGUACAGGCUUGCCCAAACAGGUUUGGAUAAUGGAAACUUUGCAGUACACACUACUUCAGGGAUCAUAACUUCAGUCGUUGACUUUGACUUCGAAUCGUUGGAGCACACUUCGUUCAGUUUCAUUGUUGAAGCAUUUGAUCAAGGGGUGCCGACACUUACGGGAACAGCCACGAUAACGAUAAACAUAACGGACCAGAAUGACCACAAACCAGUCAUCAACAUUCCACCUGGAACCGAGUACAACCUUCAAUCCAUCUCCCCGAUCGGCUUCCACGUGACCACUGUCGAGGCCUCUGAUGCUGACAGGUCCGAUGAUAACUCCAGAAUCGCGUACGGAAUCACAAGUGUCAGUCCCUUUGUUUCCAUCGAUGCCACAAACGGCAGCGUAACCGUCAGUACUGCUUUAGAAAGUGGUACCUACGUGGUGAGGGUCCGUGCGUCAGAUCACGGUUCACCGCCAAAAACAGACGAAGUCACUCUCCGUUUGAUCGUGACCGAAGUGAGCACAAACACAGCUCCACAGUGCCCAGAAAAUCAACGUCUUGAGAUUGCUUCUGGCAAUAUUACAAGAGGAUCGACAAUAACAACCAUAGAGGCAGACGAUUUCGACAACGGUCCGAACGGUGACAUUUCCUACAGUUUCAAGUCCAAGGUAGGAGAGCUGGCAAGCCUGUUCGGCAUAGACCCGUCAUUAGGUCGAAUCUACGUUGAAACCGAGAUGCCACUGUCCAACGACACGUUUUCAGCUGUUUCAAUGACAGUUGAAGCCAGAGACAACGCUUUGGAUUCCAUGUCCUGUGAAACAAAUGUCAUUGUGAUAAUAACUUUCCCAGGGUUUAGUGGGACUACACCAUUGCAACAACAAGCAACAACUGUUGGUGAAUCUACCGUCCCCUUCACCGCAUCAACAACUACCGAAGCAUGGUACAAUGACCCAAUAUACAUCUCUGUCAUUUGUGUCGUCACUGCCGUCGUCAUAGUCGUUGUGGGGCUUGUGAUCUACUGUGCUAGAAAGAGAGGCCAACGUCGUCAAAAGUAUACAUUGUCGAGUCGUGAUCAGCAGCAUUCUGAGAAUGCACCACCGCAUACGCUGUUUCCACGAGCGAUGUUCUUGGAAGAGCCAGGGACACAAACGUACCAGAACCCAGUAUACAAUGUUGAAGAUUAACAAGGACGGUGAUAUUGAUUUCCAAAACGUUCCAGUAAACCUAUAAGUCAAACCUAUAGAAUGUAGUAGUUCUUGCUUAAAUGAAUAUUUACCAAUUUUAAAAUUAUUCGGAUUUUCGUUUUCAAGCCAGUGACCUAAGUAUUGCAGGUCUAAAAAUUUUAUCUAUACCUGACUUAAUAAAAAAAUGCUUUUAGGGCAAUUGCAUCAAAAAUCAGGAGGUACUUGUUUUAUGGGAAAUUCGGUAACACGUCUUUUGUGCUGUUGCCAUAGCUAGCUGAAUCAGUGUGUUACACUGCAAGUUUUGUCAGUUUGCCAGAUGACGGUAACAGUUACUUUACCGUAACGGUUACAGAUGCUUUUACUUCUUGUGGCAGCAAAUGUUUGUUCUUUUAUCGCGAACUGUUUAGUGCACCAUUAUUUUAGAUACGCUAGGUACCUUAAUCUCUUUCCAGCUUAAUGCUUGAAACACAUAUUCGACUAUAGUAAGUAAAGUCAUUUUAACUGCUGUGCCCUUGUUAUAUUUGUAUUGAAAGGCCUUAUCAAACGUCGUGAAAACUAUGGAGUCAAUAAGUAAGAUUUAAUGGCUGACCAUUUAAAUGCUGAAAUGUUUAUGACACAUUAAAUUUGAGAUAUUAAGAUGGAUAUUUAAUCAGAAAAAUGGGAUGAAAUGCAGCUUUUUCUUUGAUGCUUUCGUACACUACAUGUAAAUACAU